AUGUUUGCAGUGUUUGUCGGUGAUCUUCAUCCUGAAGUAUCAGAGCUGAUGCUUCUAAAUAGGUUAAGUCCUGCAGGACCAAUUGAAUCGGUGUACAUCUGCAGGGACAGACAGACCGGCUCGCCGCUCGGUUACGCCUACGUCAACUUCCAGCAUCGAGCCGACGCUGAGCGAGCUAUAAUUAUGUUCAACUUUGAGCUUCUUUUGGACAGACCCAUGAGGGUCAUGUGGUCUCGCUGGGAACCCACUGCGAAGUUGAUCAAGGGGAGCAACGUCAUCAUAAAGAACCUUCAUCAGUCCAUCGACGACGUUGCCCUGUUUGACACCUUCUCCGUGUUCGGGAGGAUCGUGUCAUGCAAGGUUGUUGAAUCAAAAGGCUUCGGGUUCAUCCAGUUUGAGACACCGGAGGCUGCGGCGAUGGCCAUUAGGCAGGUCAAUGGAAUGAUCCUGAAAGGCCGCCAAGUCACCAUCAAGUACUUUAAGUCUCAGGAGGAGCGCAAGGCUGAAGACCAAAACCAGGGCAACAACUUAUACAUCAAGAACCUGGACGACAACAUUGACACCGAGUGUCUGUACUUGACAUUUGCACAAUUUGGACACCUCACAAGUGCAAAGGUAAUAAUGGAGAAUGGGCGUUCAAAGGGAUUUGGCUUUGUCAAUUUCACAUCAUCUCAGGAUGCCAUUAGAGCUAUGAACGAGAUAAACGGCAUGAUGUGGGGCAAGAAGCAGGUGUACGUGGAACUGGCUAAAAGGAAAGAGGAGGGCCAGACUCUCCUUCAGAGAAUGUUCAUACAGCAGUUUACACCGAACCUGCACCAGCCAGUGCUGCCUCUCUACUUAAAGACAAGCAUCCCUGCUGUUGAGGCAGAUCGCUCUGAGGACCUUGUCCCAAUUUCCGCCAAGACAGCUGCACCAAAAUACAACAUGGAGGCUGUGGAGACAGCAGCCCCUGAAGGCACCACAAUGGCUUUGGAGACAGCUGCCCCAGAAUGCACCAUGAAGGCUGUGGAGACAGCUGCCCCAGUGGACACAGUGGAGGCUGUGGCAUCUGCUGCCCCAGAAUACACCCUGAAGGCUGUGGAGACAGCUGCCCCAGUGGACACAAUGGAGGCUGUGGAGACAGCUGCCCCAGAAUGCAUCCUGAAGGCUGUGGUGACAUCUUCCCCAGUGGAGGCUGUGGAGACACCUGAGCCAGUGGACGCAGUGGAGGCAGCUGCCCCGGUGGACACAGUGGAGGCUGUGGAGACAGCUGCCCCGGUGGACGCAGUGGAGGCUGUGGAGACAGCUGCCCCGGUGGACACAGUGGAGGCUGUGGAGACAGCUGCCCCGGUGGACACAGUGGAGGCUGUGGAGACAGCUGCCCCGGUGGACGCAGUAGAGACGGUGGAGACAUCUGCCCCAGAGGACACAGUGGAGGCUGUGGAGACAGCUGCCCCAGAGGACACAGUGGAGGCUGUGGAGACAGCUGGCCCAGAAUGCACAGUGGAGGCUCUGGAGACAGCUGCCCCAGUGAAAACACUGGAGGCUGUGAUGACAGCUGCCCCAGAAUGCACAGUGGAAGGUGUGAUGACUGCUGCCCCAGAAUGCACAGUGGAGGCUGUGGAGACAGCUGCCCCAGAAUGCACAGUGGAGGCUGUGGAGACAGCUGCCCCAGUGAACACAGUGGAGGCUGUGGAGACAGCUGAACCAGAAUGCACAGUGGAGGCUGUGGAGACAGCUGCCCCAGUGAACACAGUGGAGGCUGUGAUGGCACCUGCCCCAGAAUGCACAGUGGAGGCUGUGGAGACAUCGGCCCCAGUGUACACAGUGGAGGCUGUGGAGACAGCUGCCCCAGAAUGCACAGUGGAGGCUGUGGAGACAUCGGCCCCAGUGUACACAGUGGAGGCUGUGGAGACAGCUGCCCCAGAAUGCACAGUGGAGGCUGUGGAGACAUCGGCCCCAGUGUACACAGUGGAGGCUGUGGAGACAGCUGCCCCAGAAUGCACAGUGGAGGCUGUGGAGACAGCUGCCCCAGAAUGCACAGUGGAGGCUGUGGAGACAUCGGCCCCAGUGGACACAGUGGAGGCUCUGGAGACAGCUGCCCCAGUGGACACAGUGGAGGCUCUGGAGACAGCUGCCCCAGUGGACACAGUGGAGGCUGUGGAGACAGCUUAUAUAAACAUGUUUCCACUGGUAGAGCAAAUCCACCCCAGUGAUGCCAGUAAAAUCACCUGGAUGGUCAUAGAAGGAAAAAACAAUGCUGAGAUCAUGAACAUGUUGAGAGAUCCUGAGCUCCUGAGAUCCAGGGAAACCUGGAAGAUAAUCUACAGGAAGAACAAAAACAAGAAGAAGAAGAUGAAGAAAAGGAAUCAAUGA